UUAGGCUGUCCCGUUACACCCAAAACAUGCGUGCGUCCGCCCUGGGCGGGAUCAUCUAAAUCCCUAAACCCUACUCGUAGAAAUUGUCGGCGAGGAAGGAGAAUAGCGAGAUUUUCAACCGGCGAAAAUGGAGAGGAGAGACGAUUACAAGUUUCUCCCGAUCAGGGAUGCCAUCACUUGCAUAAACCAGAAAGUUAGCUUCAUCGGCGCCGUUGUCGAGUUCACUUUCCCCCGCCGCUCCAAGGGCACCGACUGGUGCUGUUCACUGAAAGUAGUCGACCAGUCACAUCCGAAGCAUGGGAUCGUGGUCAAUGUUUUCACGGCUACUGCAGAUGAUCUCCCCAAUGUUUCAGCGCUCGGCGAUAUAGUUCAGUUCCGCCGUGUCGUGAUCAAACCUCACAACGGGGAAGUUAAUGCCCUAUUCAACAAGAAAUUUUCGACUUUUGCUUUAUAUGAAGGACAAGACGGCCCUGGUUUCAAUCCUUACCAGUCUUCUGCAAGGUUUCGCAUGGGAGAACUGGAUUCAAAUUUCAUAGCUAGCCUGAGAAAAUGGCUGGUGGACUUUCACCUUGAUGAAGGGUUGGCAAAUAACUUGUCAUUCUUAAGAGAGAUCACAGAAGGUGCACGAGUUAAUAUUGUUUGCAAGGUACUCCAUAUUUACGAGUAUACAAAUAGCGAGUGGAUGGCUCUCAUUUGGGAUGGAACUGACUGUCCACCAAACAUCAUUAAGGCAAAGCUGGAAGAAGAAAAGGAUAAUCCAUUGCCUUUAAGCCUGGAGCCGUUUCCUUUGCCAAAAGAGGUAUUGUGUACAUUCCCAACCGUUGGGACAAUUUUGAGGGUAAUGAAUGACAGAGGCAGUGAGAUGCAGGCUAUCCGCUUGCUGAAUUCUGGGAAAUGGGUGAAAUUAUUCAAUCUGUCCUGUGAGGUUAGGGGAGGAUUGUGGUACGGGUUGUUAACACCUUUCACAAAGGUUCAGUACACAACUGAGAGCGACCGUUUUGUGUUAGCAUGCCAAAAGUUUCAUCAAGAUCGUUUGUCAAAUGACUUGGAGCGUAUGCCAUACUCGUCCUUCCCUUGGUGUUCGCGAAUAACAGAGGUUGACCAUGACAAUGUCCCUUUUGUUACAUUGAUGGAUAUUAUCACUUACCCUAAGGUGACAGCUAAAUUUAGAUGUAUCGCUCGGGUGGUGGCUUCACUUCCAUGGAGAGUUGAGGACUUCCGCUCUCCCCUUGGGAUUUAUAGGAUCAGGGUUACUCUUGAGGAUCCUACAGCCAGAAUUCAUGCCUUCGUGUAUGCAGAAGAUGGGGAGAAACUGUUUGAGGGUUAUCCAUCCUUGGAUAUACUGAGAAGAAAGCGAGAUAAAUUGCUUGGAAUAACAGUGACUGAUAAUGGGAAGAAGAUUGAAUCCCCAAGAAAUCCACCAUGGAUACAGCUCUGCCUCAAAUCUUAUUACCUGGAUAAAAGUGAUGCUUGGAGAAGUAGACAAUAUAGGAUCUUUGGCACCAAAGUACUAGUCUAAUGGACAGCCAUUAGCAACUGUGGUUAGAAAAUGUAUAGCGCUAAAUUACACGUUUAGUCACUCAAAUUAUACAAAUCUUUCAUGUUUGCCAUCCGAAUUACUUUUCUUUUUUAUUCGCC